UCGUCUUCCCAUGAUGCAACGCACUGAGUGGAAUUUUUCAAAACGAGUCAGCGAUGGCGGAACAAACAAACAGGGAGGUGGUCACCGGGAGCGUAGAGACAAUGAAUACAUUCACAAAUGAUCACAACCUCCGAUCAAAAAUGUGUCUCCCCACUUCGCAAGGAAAAGGGAUCAACAUACACAUUAAAUCCGACACCAAAUGUUACGUCGCGAGCCGGACAAACGACUUAUCAGACGAACAAUCAGCUACGGAAACCUCGGGGCGACUAUCCCAGGAAACACCGACAACAACAAGCAAAUGUAACACACCAAACAGCUCAAAGUCAGAUGAGAUUAACUCCAAAGAUAUCGUAGUAACCACGGAAAAUAAGGAAAACUACAUCAUCUCCUGUGUUUCUGAUGUUGAUCCGUCAUCUGCAGGCAGUACCUGUCAGGUUAUCACCGAGACCAGCAGCACAGACACAGCCACCACUCUCCCCCCUCUGACCUCCUCCAAGCAGGCUGAGGCUGACGAUGCAGAGACGCUACGGAGGGCCAGGGAGGAGGGCCGUGUGGAGGUAAUGUUCCCAGGUUUGGUCACACAGGAGGGCUGCUGCCGCUUCGUCAGUGAGAUACUGAAGUGUAUCCUUUACCAAAGACAACAGCUGCCCAUGACCUAUGACCAGCUGGUUUACUCUCAGAAGAGACAGCAAGCUGCCAUGCAGAAUGAGGAGGCAGUGGCCUGGAGGCCCGGUCAGUCCACUGCAGAAGGCCUGGACUGGAGGAGGUGCCAGCGUACCCUCCAAGACCUUGAGCAGGUGCUACAACAACUGGAAGUGCUCUUCUCCCUCUCCCUGGUCCCCCGUGUGCUCCUCCUGCUCGGCGGCUCCCUCCUCCUUCCCAAGGAGCUGUACGAAGUCAACAUGGAGGAUGUGAUACUAGCCACCGGCGACCGUAGCCUACGCGUCUCCUCGUGUCUACGACAAGUCUUCCGCACGCUCUUCGUGGCCGACCUGUUGUCUGACGCUAAACCUGUCCGGCUCACAGCCACAACGGUCAUGGUUCUGGCCCACAGGGACUGUGGCGUGGGGUGGUUCCGGCCCAAGCUGGAUUUCAAGGUCCCCACACGGGUGAAGAGCCAGGUUAUUUCUCUGUCUUGUGACCCCAGUAGUGUCUCUGGGUCUGGGGUGUCUGAGGGAGGAAGGCAGACUGCCUGGCAGGACUAUGUGUGGUUUCAGGCCCCCUUGACUAUCAAAGGCUUCAGCAAGUGACAUACAAGGUACAAGGAAGGUACUCUAACCCACAGCCAUAGUAUAGUAUGAGAUGAGACAAGGUCCUGUAUUCAGAAUCUGAAAGUAAGAGUGCUGAUC